AUGUUCUUAGGAGGUUGUGAUGUUAGAUUAUGCUCUAGACCAUUAAGACAGUUUAGAGCCUCGCAUUCCGCUUACUUCAAACUUCGGCGAGUCUGCGUUCGUUCAUUCACGAAAGGGUCUGCUGGAUCAGGCGGUUCAACUGGUUCAGGAGGAUUUGAAAACUCAUAUCGAGGCUCCAAAUGCGACUACAACAUUGCCGUUUCAUACCUUCCGAAAGACAGGUUCCAAGAAAAUGAGGACGGAGAAUUGAUACAGAUGCUCAAAGAUAAACUUAUGGAACAAAAAUCCAAAGGUCUUACGUCACCAACUGGUGAAGACAACUAUGUUUGCUCGUUGGGAAACGAGAGUAUUGCAGUAGGUGUAGCUGACGGCGUCGGAGGUUGGAGUGAGCUAGGCCACGAUUCUUCUGAGAUUAGCCGAGUUUUAUGUCGUACAAUUGAAUCUUUUCAUAGAGACAAUCAGAAGUUGGAGCCGCAAAAAUUAAUAGAUUCUGCAUUUUCUUACAUAAAGGAAAAUGAGAUUGUUAAAGUGGGAGGAACUACUAUUUGUCUGGGUGUUUUAGACGGGAACGGUGCUGCAAAUGUUGCAAAUCUUGGUGACUCAUGGUUUGGAGUUUUCCGUCAGAUGCCUCCUGGAUAUAAAUUUGAGUGCGUUUACCAGUCGUUAGAACAACAACAUUUUUUUAAUGCUCCGUUUCAAUUGGCUUUGAUUCCCAACAAAAUCUUGGAAGAUGGUAAGAGCAGAAAUGCCAAGUAUAUUGUAGAUUCUCCAGAUGAUGCAGAGCUAUAUCAUUGCCAGUUGGAGCAUGGUGAUAUUGUUUUAUUUGCAACCGAUGGCAUCACUGAUAAUGUUUCAGUAGAUGAUUUAAGUCUUUUCUUGACAGACAAGGUGGCAGAGUUUCGCAAAGGAGCAGCAAAACCUAUUGCUAUAGAUUCCAAAACUCUUUUAGCAAUGGGUAUGGAACUAACCUCAAAAGUUAACAAGUUGAGCCUAGAUGAAACAUACCCCAGUGUGUUUGCACAAAGGCUAAGUCACCUCACCCGAAUGAGGUACAUGGGUGGUAAGUACGAUGACAUAACGUGUGUGCUGGUGUAUGUGGACUAG